CUUCCUGUUGCAUGGUCCUGUGGCUGCAUCGUCCUACCUCAAACAGUCUCCUCAAACAUUUCCGCGGGAUGUUUUGAAAAUUCCCGCAAAAUUUGUUGCAAGGAACGACAUAAUGGAAUAGGACGGGUUUGGAAGGGCCGGUGGACGCAGUACCAGAGAAGGCUACAUACAGAGUCCCUCCCGCCAUGUGGCUGAGUUCCAGGGGUGACGUCAAUAGCCAGUUGCAGAAGUACGAGUUUGAGCUUCACCAGCAGGCUCCCAUGCAGACUCAGCACCAGCAGCAAGACGAGUUCCAUACACCCCACCCUCCUGCACCUAUCCUAGGAACAAGCUGUCAGUAGUGUUGAAGGGAGUGAACGCACAAAAUGGCCUUCCUCAGAGCAGUGAAAAUGAAGAAACAUGCCAUUGAUAUCAAGGAUGAGCCCGACGAGCUCAACAACUGGGACGACUUUGAGCCAAUCGGAGAAGAGGAAGCCUUGGAUGACGUCGUCAGCUUCAUGAAAGAACGUGGGCACGAGUUUUCUCCCUACACGGUGGACUGGGCACGAGAGACAGUCCUCUUCGUGCGCACACAAGAAGGCGUGGACCUUAAGGAGAAAGGCUACCUCCAGCUGGCGCAACGUACGUACGUCCAAGAACUGCUGUCUAUUCCGUUCUCACAGCUCCAGGCCGUGGCUGAUGCUGUAUCUGAGAAGAUCGCCGAUGUGCGAAAUAUCUUCAUAUACAUUACUGCACGAUGUGGAUCCACCCUUGUGGUGAAGGCAACCAACGCCCUGCCAUAUGCGAUGGCGAUCCAUGCCCCUGAUGUUUAUUCAAUCAUCGCUAUGGCUCACCACAAGGUUCAGAGAGGGGAAACCCCUGGUGACAUCGGCACGAUUCCAGACGUUCUACGAGACGACGAGAGCACGAUCGCCUUCGUGAAGAACAUCAGCACACUUUAUAACCACUACUUUCUCUGCAAUGACGCGAAGGGAGGACGAUUGACCAUUAUGUAUAAGUUGAAGUCACAUGCGGUCACCUUUGCCAAGGUCAUGGCUAAGGCUCACCCCGAAGCCAAAACGCUCUUCAUGUACCGAAAUGGCAUGAAAAUGGUAGAAUCAUCCAUUCGACUAAAUUACGGUGGAUGUAAAGAAGACUAUUACGAUUGGGUUAAGGCCAUGAAGACCAUGGACAGGAAAAGAAGAGAGUUUUACGAAGAAAACCUCGACCUGAUGCCGGAGUUCUAUUUCAUUUUUGGGGACGACCCAAAACUGAAAACAGCCCAACAUAAUGCCCAUCAGUUGUACUACUACAUGACCUUUUGGCAAGGUGCUAUGCAGGAAGCCAUAGACCUCCAACGGGAGGACCCGGAGCACUUCUUCCACGCUGUCAUCAACUACCGUGCACUUGCUGACCGGAAGGAGGAGGCUUAUCUCGAGAUGAUGGAGAAGCUUGGCAUCACCCUAGACAUCGAUGACACCGCCAACAGGAAAGCCCUGGCCAAAGUCUUCCGGAAGGAUAGCCAGAGUGGUACGGUGAUUUCAAGUCAUAAGAAGGAAGAGAAGGACAACUGGAAGCCUCACGCUGACGUCUGGUUAGGAGAGUGGGAGCGCCGCAUCUUUGACAACAUCUUUAAACGUACCAACCUGGAAGUCAACGAUCCUGCAUUUGUCUUCCCAAAUACUAUCUUCUGAGAACGGGGAGAAACGCACCAUUCCACUCCUACCUGUGUUCCUGAAUUAAGCAGCAGAAUGCAAAUGAUUUUAUAUUAGUGAAAAGUUAGUAGCUGGUGUCAGGCUUUUGAUAAACGCGGGGUGUCGGAAAUGGAGUGCUAAAAUGUCGUUCUAGAUACAAUAGAUACAAGAGAUUGAGGAAAACUUCGAUAUCUUGGAGUAGAUUCAUUUCUGCUGUGUCAUGUCUUAUAUACAGCGCUACUAUAGCAAGAAUAAGGAGUUGCGCACUGUGGAGUGCAGAUGUCAACACAGUUGCUCAAAUGACUUCAGGUCCAUUUAAAUAUAUGUAGAUCACCAGUUCUACCUCACAAUACUUUCAGCGAUUCAGCGAGUUGUGUUUCAUUUCUGGUUUCCGAAAUAAUUAGACCUCUCUUUUCACCAUAUGUUUGAGUUUUAGGAAAUUCUGGAAACUAACGGUUAGUGAGGGUCGUGUGCGCUCUUAUUCACAGAGUUCUGUCGUGCACAUUGGUGUAAGGGAAUAUGAUUGUCUACCCUGUGUGUCUGUAUCUGUAUCUGUAUCGUACGUUGGUCAGUCACCAAGGCUAGCUCUUCGUAACGUUAACAGACUUUGUCCAGUUAGGUAACCCGUCUCUAUCUCUCACUUAGUUCUCCCGUCAUAAGGACGAAGGGGCCUCUCUUGUUCCGCGCCCCUCGUACGCCAGUAACCCCAUCGCUUUAUGUAUUUCUGCAGCCAAAGUAAUACAUCAAAUCAAUUAUCUUUGUUCACAUAGAUAGAAGACGCGUAGUCAAUAGUAUAUGACAGAAAAUGUAGAGAAGGUCAUCGAGAUAUAUUUACCUCUGAAAAUCGAAUGAAACAACGGGAUAAACGAAUAAACCAUGCAGUUUUCCUUUGCAUUUGUAAAGAUUCUUA